GUCUAGCUGAUUUAAAAACAGCUCCUGUGAGCUGCACGGACAUUAGAGUGGGUUAGACUCCAGUGAAGAGCUGCUGAGAGAGCUGUGUACUCAGUGUGGUAUACAGGGCUAGUGUAGUGCUGGGUGUGGAGCUGUCAGUGUGCUGUGAACUCAGUGUUGUUUUACUAGUGAGGAUGUUGCUGACUUUCUAUCUUCUCUUCAUUGGGCUUCGUGUCUCUGAAGGCUGCACUCUGCUGAACAGUGAACGACUACUGGAUAUCACUGCAUAUACAGGAGGGUCAGUACUGCUGCCCUGCUACUGCACUGACCUACACACCACACCUGAGGGAUUCAGCUGGAAGAAAGACCACAGAUACACACACACACGGGACAAGAUAUCCAGUGAGAGUGGUCAGUACAGAAACAGAGUUCAGCUGUUUAAUGGUCACUCUCCAGGAAAUCUCUCUCUACUCAUAUCACACCUGACUGGAGAGGAUGGAGGAUAUUACUGGUGUGCUGUUAAAGAUGCACAUUUAGUCAUCAGACUCACUUUACAAGAGGGUCCCCCUAAAUCUACAACACCUACUGCAGUGGUCAAUGUACACACUUCUUCAACGACACAACCGUAUCAAAAGCCUGAUGAGGGUCCACCUAAACCUACAACAUCUACUGCAGUGGUCAAUGUGCACACCAGUCCAACCACUUCACGCACACAUUCAUCCCAAGGGACUAAUAACACAGGUGAUUCCAUGCAUUUCUUUAUCUUGAUUCCUGUACUUAUUCUUCUGUUGGGACUUGGAGGAGCCAUCUACUGCAGAUACAGAGGAUGGAGUCGAGAGCAAACAAGGACAAACACAGAGCAGAAAAAACAGGAUGAAGUGGUGUACUGUAAUGUAGUUACACCCACAACAACAACCACAGUCACUGACAUUGAAGAAAAAGCAGAAUACGCCACCAUCAGAAGAUGUAGCAACCUGGAGGAUUACACAGAAUCAGUGACUGGCUACAUCAGCGAGUGCAUUGAUGAUGUUACUGUCUCCAAACUCAUCACAACUCACCCCAACCAGAAGCCAUGGAUGACUGCAGAGGUGCACAUGCUGCUGAGAACCCACGAUAAGGCCUUCAAGUCAGGGGAUAAGGCAGGCCUCAGAACAGCAAGAGCCAAGAUUUCCCAAGCCAUCAGAGGGGCAGAUCGCGUCUACACAAAGAAAAUCCAUUAA